AAUCUGCUGACAUAGCCGGUUAGUUCUCUAUUUUUUCUUUAAGAACAGAGCUUCUCUGGAGGAGGGUUCGCUACGUUUACCUUAUCGCAGUAUCUGCCCAGAACUGAAGGCUGACGUCAACAGGAAACAAUGAAGGGUUCGCAGCGGUGGAAAGAGUCCCAGUCCAGGAGUGACCCUUCGGAAUUCACCAAGAAGGAGAAGGAGAAGAUGGCUGAGACGGAGCUCCGGAAGCUGCAGCAGCAGUUUCGGAUCAUGGUAGAGAGACGGAAGUCUUUUGGUGUCAAGGCUCAACAGCAAAUGUACCAUCAGGAAAAAGAAAUAUAUUCACUGAAGCAGGAACACGAAGAGAUUGCAUUACUCUUGAGCCUCACAAAGUCACAGAGGAAUAUGAUGUUAGAUGACAGAAAUUGUAUGGAGCUUAAAUUUCUUUUACAGACCAAAGAGGAAUAUGAUUCUCUGAUUAGAGCAACAAAAGCCCUGAUAGCUGAACUUGACGAUAAGGUUGUGGAGAUGGAAAAAAAGAUCAAAACCCAAAAAUUGGUUGUAGCAAAGGUGAGACAAGUGAAUGAUAGCAAAUGGCUGCAAAAGCAGAUUCAGAUGCUGGAGAAUCGCCUAAACCAUGUCACUGUCCAUUUCGACACCAUCCUGACCACGAAUGCCACACUCAGAGAAGAGAUUGAAAACCUGCGAUGUCAGAAAGCUAUUUUUGACAACUUGUAUUCAAAACUUCAUAAAACACUAGAUCAGCGGAAGAAAACAAUGGACACUGCAAUUGAGCAGUCCGGCCAAGCAUACGAACAGCGGGUGGAGGCCUUGGCACGGAUUUCCGCCAUGAAGGAAAGGCGCUGCAAAGACAUCGCACAGUAUAAUGUGGAAUUCAGGGAACUGGAACGUGUCUUUGACCACGAGACCAAGCUGAAAGCCUUUAUGCUCAUCAAAUUAGUGGAUCGCUCAGACUUUGAGGAACAGGCCAAAAGGGAAGAAGCCCUCAAGGCAAGCAAGCGGGCCAGAAAGAGCAAAGGCGAAAGCUUUGAGAGCUAUGAGGUGGCUUACAUGCGCCUGCUGAAGUUGAGCGAGGACGGGGACAUUGGCCAACUGGUGGCCGAUUUCAUCGAGAAAGAGGAGAAGAACUUUGCGUAUUUCAGCUACGUCACCGAGCUGAACAACGAAAUGGAGAGGCUGCAGAAGAACACACAGAACAUUCAGAAUGAAAUUCUUCACUUAAAAUCCCAACAGAAGUUUGCUGAUGACAAAAGCAACACCAGCCUCAAGGAGAUGGAGGAGAAGCUGAAGAAAACCACCGAAGAGGCCAACCUGUAUGAGUACACCUGUAAAGAGAGCAGCAAGGUCCUAGACCAGCUCAAAUCCGCUGUGGACUUUCUGUUUAAACAAAUACACUGCGAGGACACCAAGAUAAUGGAGCAGCUUGGUGAGAGUGGGGAGAUCACGGAUCUGAACCUGAUGCAGUAUUUUGGUAUCAUAGAAAAGAAAACCAAUGAUCUCCUGCUCAUUGAAUCCUUCCUGCGCUAUAAGGAGGUCGAGGGAGAGCAGGAUUCGCUCCCUUUAUUGAAUCCAUUUUUGGGUGGCACAGGACUCCUUAAAAGUACAGAUGCAGCAAAAUUACCCCCAUCUUCCCCUACCAUAGAGCACAUGGCAGAGAACAUAGAGGACUUUGAUUGGCCUUUGGACCAGGGCAGUUUGCGCAACCUGAUUAUUGAGAACUUCGAGAAGGAAAAGUCCAGUGUGAUCUCGCUGGACAAAGAGAAGAAGAGAGGGAUAAUUUUAUAG